AUGGCAAGCGCUUCGUCCAUAUCUGCUGGCGACAGCAAACGCUUCUCCGGGUCACAUGUCCCCUACAACCUGCGUCACAGCCAAACCGCCAGACCGUCUUCCCCCAGUACCCCCCAACACCAACUCCGCUCGAACAACUCCUCUUUCGCAAGCACCUCGUCCGGCUCUUCGUUUCGCGGCGAGGAAGAUGCUAUUAUAUUCGAAUUGGGCUCGAGGUGGCUCCGUGCAGGGUUCGAGGGCGAGAGUACACCCAUGUGUACUGUGAGGUUUGGGCCGGAGGAAUCAAGGAGGACGGGCGAUUAUCGGGGAUGGUUGAAUUACGGGCCGUCCACUGAUUCUGAACGGUUUGCUAGUCCAGAGCAAUGGGCGAGUGCGUAUGAACUAUGGGGGAUGGAUUUACGAAAGGUGGACUUGGGCCUUGUCGAGGAUAAGAUUGAGCGGGUGGUUCGCGAGACGUACAAUAAGUACCUGCUGACGGACGCGGGGACAACACGGCUGGUUCUUGUUCUGCCGUCACUUCUGCCGCAUCCGUUAAUGGCGUCUGUUUUGUCGACUUUGUUUAACCGCUGGCGGUUUCCAAGUAUUACGCUCCUCCCGGCCGCUGCCAUGUCCGCGACGGCUGCCGGAGUUCGUUCAGCCUUGGUAGUGGAUCUGGGCUGGGCUGAAACUACAGUGACCAGCGUCUACGAAUACAGAGAAGUCGUGCAUAAACGAAGCACCAGGGCCAUGAAGCACCUGCUCCAAGAGACAGGCCGAUUCCUCACCCACCUUACCUCACCCAGCACCCAGGACCCAACAACAGACGAACUCUCUGUGAACUUUGAAUACUGCGAAGAAGUAGUCACCCGCUUCGCAUGGUGCAAACCCCACGCCCAAACCGAACCAACCGAUCUCCCAAACACCACAGUCUCCAUACCGUCUCCUUCAAACCCCGGCUCCGAAUACAUCGACAUCCCAUUCCCAAAACUCGCCGAGCCCGUUGAAAAAGCCCUCUUCGCCCUCGGCAUCCCAGAAUGCGACCUCGACGACGAGGAAAAACCACUCCCCUUACUCCUCUACAACACCCUCCUCGCCCUCCCCCCCGACGCUCGCGGGGUAUGCAUGUCCCGGAUCAUAUUCGUCGGAGGAGGCUCCCACAUCCCAGGGAUCCGCAAACGCAUCCUCAACGAAGUAAACGCGUUAAUCAAAACCCACGGCUGGACACAAGUCCGAGGGAAAGCCAUCGAGCGCCAACGCACCCGCCUCCAAAACCUAUCCCUAACUUCAAACCCGAACCUAAACACAACCACAAACAACAACCCAUCAUCAACAGGUCCCUCCACGGGUACAACAACACCAAUCCAAGAACACGCCGCCACCGCUUCACACACGCCCUCAAUCGACGACGAAGGAGAUAACGAGAUUGACUUUGUCGAGCAGAAGCUCCAGCGCAAUCGAGAUCGGGACUUCAAGCCGCCUGUUCAGGGUAUUCUAAGGGAAGUUGAGUCGCUGGGGCCUUGGGCUGGUGCGAGUCUUGUUACGAGUUUGAAGAUUAGGGGGAUGGUGGAGAUUGAGAGGGAGAAGUAUUUGCAGCAUGGGCUUGCGGGGGCGAGCCGAGAUUUGGAGCAUGGGUAUGUGCCGGACAGGAGGUCGGGGUUGAGGACUGGGGGAGAUCGGUCGAGUUGGACAUUGGCGGGGUGGGGUUGA